GUUCAGCAGCAAACAUGAGCGAUGUCGACGGCGCGUAUCACAUAUCUCCCAAUUUUGAAUGGAAAGCAGAUUACGAUGCCGUCCUGGACGGUAUAGCCACCACCGACGUCGUACACACAGAAUGGACUACGCUACGAGAUAUCAUCAAAUAUAAGAUUAACCAGAAUACUGGACUCUUCCCUUCCAAUGCCGAUCAAUUAAUGGCCCCAAUAGUGCCCUCUCAAAACUAUGCAGACAUAGACUCAGGAAAUCUGAAGUUGCCACCCUUCCCUCCUCGAAGACGUAACGAGUUGAAUCCCGUGGAGGUACCCAAAGUUCACCUCAACCAACAAGAGACGAAUGAGAUGAAAAGUUACAUCUUCAAGCAGCUACACGAGUUCGAUGAAACUCCUCCAUUCACAAUACAACGUUUAUGCGAGCUGUGCUUACAGCCAAAACAACACUACCGCGCUCUCGGGAAAUAUCUCAGAGCCGUGGAAAAGACGCUUCUUGUCACAUCUAGUUGGAAUUCUUUCCCCAUUGAAUCCAAUAAUAACGGUCCAAAUACAACAUCCAUUUCACUAAGUGGUACCAUACGAACUGUUCCCACCACUCCUUUAUUCUCGCCCAUUCCUUUCUUACACGAUGAUGCAAGACGCUCCAAAUCACGUAGUCCGCCUCCCUCACCACUUGCACUGAACGCAAUGGAAGCCGGUGGCCCGGUGGAAUCACUUACAGAAGGAAUGCCCCAGAGAGCGCUAGGACUGGUGGACGAACUGGAUGACCCCAACCCAGGCCACAUGAGUGACCAUCCGACGGCUUUGACAGCCGUAACAACUGUGACUCCACAGCCAUUUCUUGGAAGCCUUGAGCAGAGAUUUGUUAAAGCAGAGGGGGGUCCAGGAACGCAGGAAGGAGAGUCUCGUACUGAUAUGGCGGUUGAUGGUGCAGAUGAUAAAGAAAACAAAUGACGAAGAACCCAGUAUACACAUCGUCCGCAAGUAUACUGACAGGUGGCCGGGGCCCGUAUCAUUCUAAUCCAACGCGUCAGUGGCGAUGAACGCUCAUUCACUCGUUUCAUGGAAGGAGAAAUACCUUAAGUCUCAAGAGACAAUCAACUAAGAUCGCGUUUGAUUUUCUCUAACAUAGCAGACAUCCGUAGUUUCAUAUCGGGCUGUCCCUUGCCAUUAUGACUUCGCUCUCUCGACUGUUUCCUACCAUCUCGAUCUGCUCCAUGUCUCCCUUGCGAACGAUUUGAAUUCGAUUUCUUCGUGUGUAGAGAACUAGGUGAAAAAGCUAGCUUUCUCAAUUCACGUUUAGAUAAAUCUUGGUUGCGCUGAGUGUUUUGAGAAUGUUCUUUCUUUGGAUCUGUGUGUUGUUUGGCAUCAUAAGAUGGAGGUCGCUGGGGGUGUCCUUUCAUUGGACCGCGGGUAGAUUUUUGAUCUCUGUCAGCGUUCUUAGAACCAAGAUUGUCGCUCUCUACGUUCUCGCCAUCGUUGCCUUCAACAAUGUCGACGCCUUCAGUUAUCGGCGUAUCUCUCCUCUGAAGCAAGCCUUCUUUCUUCUUCUGCGCUCUCCAUUGGCUCUUCACUUUUUUAGUAUCCACCCAUGUUUGUUUCAGCUUUCUAGCUGUGGCAGGUCAUGAAACCAGUAAUGUGUCAGCAUAGAAAGCAGACUCACCCCGAUUAGUUGGAAGGUGCUGGAAUGUAGGGGGCUUUCUUUUACCGGAAGUUUGAGUGGAGACCAUACCUGCUGAAGCCGUGCAAGUUAUUGUUGGACUGAUAGUUCUAGUGAAAAUUAUGUCACUAAGGUCAGUAUUCCU